AUGAAGAAGUUUGUCGAUGUUGAUUUUAGCUCGGUGACGGCUAAAAAGAUUCGCCAGAUUCGCAAGCCUGGCUCACCAGAUUUGGUUAGCCUCUUCAAUGAACCACCCAAAGAAACACAACACACGGACUUGCAUUGCGGUGAUUAUCAUCUGGUUGGCGCGGAUAUUCGUCAGUGGGCUGAGUUCAAAGCCAAGCUGGAUUCCGUCGGUAUUGAUACCACCCUUCCUACAUUCUUCUUAGCAGAAUGUGUCCUUGUAUACAUGUCUGUGGAUCAGAGUGCGCAGCUUCUUAGAAAUCUCUCAGAUACUUUUGACACUGCAGUCUUCCUUAAUUAUGAACAGGUGCGCAUAAAAGACACCUUCGGAAGUGUGAUGGAAAAGAAUCUGGAGCAAAGAGGAAUCCAACUACCAGGGCUGCCUGCAUGCAAUGAUAUUGAGACUCAAAAAGAAAGAUUCUUGAGUAAUGGCUGGAAGGAUGUGGUUGUCAUUGACAUGAAUACAGUUUAUAAAAAACUAUUGCGUCAAGAAGAAGUAUCCAGAAUCGAAAAAAUAGAACAUCUGGACGAAAUGGAAUUGCUGCGGCAACUACUCGAUCAUUACUGCAUUGGCUACGCUGUAAAUGAUAAGUCUGAAAAGUUCGUCAGCCGGCUGGUUUUCCCGGAACUGUGA